CACUAACAAACUAUUGUGGGAUAAUAACAUUUAUUGUAACAUAUUUGCACCUGAUUAAACUGAAGCAGACGUGACCGAUAGGUUUUUGUAAGAUCAUUGAGAGGUUUUUGCGUGUCACCUGACGACUGAGCGAGGCUUCGCGGGCAGUCGUUUGGAGGCUAGCGCGCUCGCAUCUCGCUGUUACGCGCGUGUGCGCAUUUGUGUUUGCGCGAUUUUUGUGUUUACAAUAGUCUAGCAACAUGAAGUUACAUUUUAAAUUUUUCGAUGCAAUCCCAGCGCGGUUUAUCGUGGCUCUCAUGUUGUUUUUUGCCUGUUGGAUCAACUAUAUGCUUCGUGUUAAUAUGAGCGUUAACAUCAUAGCCAUGGUACCUGAAGACAAGACAACAAAAACGGUAGAAAGCGAAUGCAAGGCCGUGGCAAAUGACGUUUCAUUACAUAAUGAUACAGAUAUCACAAAGCAGUUGCGUCAGCCGGACGGUGUCGUCAUUUUCUCAUGGACGAACCAAGAACAAGCGUAUGUCCUGUCUGGGUACUUCUGGGGCUAUGCAAUCACAAGUCUUAUCAGUGGAACAGCAGCUGAGUUGUGGGGCCCGAGAAGAGUUGUCUUCGUGACGAUGUUCAUCAGCGCAGUUUUAACGAUCAUCAGCCCACAAGCAGCGAGACUUCACUAUAUGGUCCUUGUAGCUGUUCGAUUUUUUAUUGGAUUAGCGGCGGGCUUUCUUUUUCCGGCACUACACGCCCUAGUGGCACGUUGGGCGCCGCCCACCGAAAAAGGACGAUUCGUGAGCGCCCUUUUGGGAGGCGCGAUUGGUACUGUGGUCACGUGGUCUCUCACUGGACCUCUUAUUGAGACAUUUGGCUGGGAUUUUGCAUUUUAUGUACCAGGAAUAAUAGCAGCGUUGUGGUGCGUGGCGUGGUGGUUUCUUGUGUAUGACUCGCCCGUAUUGCAUCCUAGGAUAUCUGAAGCGGAAAAGGCGUAUAUUUUAGAAGCGAUUGGUGAUAAAGUUCAUAGUGACAGUACAACAAAAAUUGUGCCGCCCUUCAAAAAAAUAUUUACAUCUCUGCCAUUUUUGGCCAUGAUUGUCCUGCAUUACGGUAACAAUUGGGGAAUAUAUUUCGUGAUGACCGCAGCACCUAAAUACGUCUCAAGUGCACUUGGCUUCAACCUGACGUCCACUGGUACUAUCUCUUCAUUGCCAUAUUUGGCACGGAUGAUCUUCUCACUCAUAUUUGGAGCCAUUGGUGACAGAAUCGUAAAACGCAACAUGGUAUCUACCACGUUCAUGAGGAAGUUCUUCAGCCUGUUCUCUCACGUAUUGCCUGGGCUGCUUCUAAUAGGACUUGGUUAUACUGGAUGCGCGCCAAUCCUCUCAAUAGCGCUCAUUACUUUCUCUAUGGGUUCGAACGGUGCGGCAACACUGACGAAUCUUGUCAACCAUCAAGAUUUGGCGCCAAACUUCGCCGCUACGUUGUACGGAAUUGCUAAUGGAAUCGGAAAUACUGCCGGUUUUGUUACACCACUAGUCACCGCGUACUUCACUAAAAAUGGAAAUGGUUUUGCGGAAUGGAGACCAGUAUUCUUCACCGGUGCCUCACUCUAUAUCAUAGCUGCGAUAUACUUUAUUCUCUUUGGAACGGGUGAAACGCAAAAAUGGAAUUAUAUCGAGCCAGAAGAGGACAAAAGACCAAGCGCUAGCUCAAACGAUACCACAAUUACAAUCCAAGUUAAAAAUUAACCUAGAGGCCAUGAGAGGACUAAUUAAAAAGCUGAAAACUCUUGCCGCAAGGAAAUUUAAUGAUAUUACGAUGUGAUUCCAGAUUUAACAUUAAAAUUGUAAUAUAGGGUUAAAAGCCAUGACAAGAAGUGAAAUAGCAAAUUUAACAUAUUUCAUAUUUUUAUAAAUAUGUUUGAGAUUUUUAAAUUGUAAAUUUUAGCCGAUAUUCCAUAUUAAAUUAUUUAUGUACGUAUUUUUAUAUUAGAUUUAAUGCAAUCGAACGAAGAUUAGGCUCGUUAAUAAUUUGCAUAAAAAAGAAAUAUUAAAUAUCAUUUAUUAUAAUUUUGUCGUUAUGUAGUAGUAUUGCUUGAAUAUAUUGUUAUAAAAUUGCCAUAUGAAAAAAAGGGUGCGUGUACU